AUGCCAUGCUGCUGCUGGGAGGAAACCACGGAAAACCUUCACAUCGUCCAACUCUCCACCGACUCGGUGGUGCCUGGUGGCUCGCCGCGCUUCGUGGUCGCCGACCCCUUUGACAUGCCGGUGACGCCCAGCCGGGCCGUCGACCGCGCCGAGCCGGGUCCGCGACCGGGACGACAACAGCUGAGGGAGCAAAUUCCCACACCUCGCAUGCAGUGGUUCACCAUGCAUGGCGUGGUGUCGGACAACGAGCUGGGAGAAGAAGAGACAAAAGCCGCUUUGUUGCAAAUCUACCAGGAUAGCGUGCUGGAUCUCUUGGGAGGUUUGCAGCUAACACAGCUGGCAGCCAACCAGGAGUACGUGGACACGCACUGCCAGCUGAUGUCGGACUUCCGAUCGCUGAAAGUGGACUAUGGCAGUGACAACUCCAUCACAGAAUUUCCGCUUGCGAACAUCACGAAGAUGUACAGAAUUUGGAAGCAGCGUGCCAACCAGUUCAACCUCGCAGACUGCCACCCGCGGACCUCCUACUCCUUCCCUGAGACGGAACACAUCGUCAUCAUCGAGUUCAUAUGUCGGAAGCUGGUCUUCGUGUUCGCGGACGAGAUCGUGGCGCAGCGCUUCUUGCUCUGCAUGGAGCUACUGACCUGGCAGGCGCAGCAUGAGGAUUGGCGCCCCGGCGCGAAACGCCUGGCGGUGCUCGCAGCACGGGCGAAGUUGGCACAGAAGUUCGAUGCCGUCCGCACUGGCGGCAAGGGAACCACCCGACGCCGAAAGAUGGUGAAGCAUCAGGCCAGCUCUGCGGAUGAGAAGCAGCUCCAAGCCCAUCUGAAGCGUUUGGGCCUCAACAACAUCCCAGGCAUCGAGGAGGUGAACAUGUUCACGGAGGACGGGGGAGUGCUUCAUUUCAACACCCCCAAGGUCCAGGCCGCCGUGGGAGCCAACACCUAUGUCAUCAGUGGCCAGCCCGAGAACAAGCGCUUAGAGGAGCUUUUGCCCGGAAUCAUCAAUCAGCUGGGAGCCGACAACUUGAUGAACUUGAGAAGAAUCGCUGAAGGCUUCCGUUCUGCACCGCAGGAAGCAGGAGGUGAUGACAUCCCGGACAUUGGCGAGAAUUUUGAGGAGGUCAGCAAGCAGUGA